GUAUGGUGAAGUUCCAAAAGUCUCCAAAGAUGAAUAAUUCACAUUGCUUAUAUUUAAAUGAAUUAAAAUGAAUGAAACUUCAAAUAUGUCACCCUACAUCAGUUUCGGUGUAUCAAACAACAGUUCCACAUUGGAUAUUGUGACGAUAAUUUUAAAUUCAAAUAAUAAUAUUAAUAACACUGUUGCCAUGGCAACUGAACAAACUACAACACUAUUUGUUACUAUGCACGGUUACCAUGUGGAUUUGCAAAAUCUCUUAGUUGCCAUAGUUAUGGUAAUUCUGGGAAUCUGGAUUAUUGUGCUAAAUUUACUACUCAUACACACUCUCGUGAAGUGCCGAGCACAACUUGAAGUGACAGACAUGUUUAUUCACAGCCUGGCGGUGACGGACACCGCUGUCGGUUUCCUUAUACUAUAUAACUCUGCGUACAACAUUGUCAACUUUCAAAACAGAUACGAGUGCCUGAUUCGCUUCGGACUAAUUCAUACAAUGUUAAUGAACUCUACCGGAUUCAUAUCAAUGUUAACUAUAAAUAGAUACAUUAAAAUUACACGACCUUUCCAAUACACUAAUAUUUUCAAAAAAUGGCGGAUAAUUUUAUUAUCUGUAAGUAUAUGGUGCAUUUCUGCAGGAGUGGGUCUAACACCUCUUGCAGGCUGGAAUAAAGAAUACGUGCCGACAGAAUUAGAUGAGAGUCAUACAGCAUGCCGAUAUUUUGGAAUAAUGCAACCAGGGUAUAUUCUAUUAAAUGUUACAUUAUACUGGAUUCCAUUGAUAUUAAUGAUUGUAAUGUAUUCACAUGUGGCAAAAAUAACAUGUCAUCAUUCAAGAGUGAUAAGUGCUCAAGAACAAGUGCUAUCUAGAAAAUCAGUAAAGAUAUUUGAAAGUCGAUCAUGGCGACUAACAAAGACAAUAUUCAUAGUUAUUGGAGUUUACUUCUUUUGCUGGCUUCCAACAGGAGUAUACUUCAUGAUACAACUGUCUGGUUCCAUCAAUUAUCUGAACUAUACAACGCAGGGAAACAUUCUCACAUUCACGACAGCUGUCGGCUUUCUUAACAGUCUCUUCAACCCUAUCAUAUAUGCCACAAAAAUACCUUGCGUCAAACAGCGUUUCUCUCAAGUCUUUUGUUGUAACCAACAACGAAGACAAUCAUUACAUACUGUUGUUUUUACAACUGAAAAUAUGGUGUCAUGCGAUAAUAGAAAUAAAUCAAGCAUAGAUUUACAAGGAAUCGACUCAUUGACUUAGCUGAAGAAAAGCUGCGAUAAAUAUCAAUCAAAGCAAAAAGGUGCUUGCAAAAUAACAAGCGUUUAAGGACUUGGCUGCUGAAUUCAAAUAAAUUGACCAGCAUUUACUGAAAGGCCAAAGACGUGUAAUUCACUGCGAUGCUUGGAGUCAAAAUAAUGAAAAACUGAAAUACUUUUUGUAAAAAAGUGCUUGCCAAAUAACAAAUUAUUGUGUUCAAAGUUUACUGGCUUGAAGUAUCUGAUAAGGAAACCCCCAUAGAUGUGCAAUCUAAAGAUAGUUUGGCUUGUUGAACUUCAUUCUUAGCUAAAGUGAAAAACAUUAUGAAAAUGAUGACUUUAAAAGAACA